UUGUGAGCAUUUACAACUGUCAAAUGCAUCAAGGUGCAUUUUAAAAAUGACAGGGAAUUAACUAAAUGUAGUGAAUGGAGAUGCGGUUAAUGCAGACACACUUCACACAGCGACUGGCCAAAGCACCUGAACCGUGAAGAGCCUCGAUCCUUGAACUUCUUGAGAAAUUCAGUAUAAUGUUUUGAACUUGCAUGCAAAACAGACAGCUGUCGAAGACGUGGCAAAUGCAGAAUGUAUUAUGAUUUCAACGAAGUGAUUUCUCUUUCCCUCUCCACUCAGUAUAUUUUAUAACAACCGCUUUGUUUCGGUUUAUAAGGGAAAGCACCCUGUCGCUGUGAUUACGUUCAUUAGGCUUAAAGCAGAUGAGCGCUUGCGGAACUGCACUGUACCUGCAGUCCUUUCUUAAGGGUAGCUGGGACACCACAUCUACACCACACUUCUAUUGGCUCAUCUUCGAAAACACAUUUGCAGGAAGAAAUCAAUUGCUUUGAACGCGUAUCAGAUAAAACAGUAAGACAGAAGGGAACGCGCAUUUGAUUUCAUGGGGAUGGGAAGACUGGCCACUCUGAAUGGACUGAUCCCACCAAAGUGUCACUGAACGAAGUUUUCUUCACGCCUACACACCUGAGACUUCUCCGGGACCUGAGCGCCUCGCCCCCGGUUGAUGCCGAGGAUCAUGACCAUGAACGGGGACCACCAGUCGGUCGCCACCGCGCCGCUGGAUCUGCGCACCACCACCCGGGAGCGUGCAGCGGCCAGGACUCCGGACUGCAGCAGCGGCGCGAGGGACGCUCGCGGGACAGGUGGCUCGCCCGCACCCCCCGCGUGCACAGGGACGGACAGUUUGCAAAUAAAUGACACCGGUGUUGCUCGCAAACGAAAAGCGGACAAAUCCUCCUCUUCGCUUCCUUUUCGGAAACGCCAGUUUGUCGUGGAGCCGGAGCCCCAGAGGCAGUCCCCGGCUCCCCCAGAGGGAGAGGACCGCGUCCCCCCUGCAGGGAACACAGAGCUCACAUUACGAGAGAGUUUGACCGGACGUUUGGAGGUAUCUGCGGAUGAGAGCAGAGUCUGUGCCACACCAGUGACUCCCAGGCGGUUCACAGAGGCAGGACUGAGUCCAGAUGGAUAUCCCAUCCGCAUUUGGCACCAGUUUGAUUACGGUGCAUACCCAGUGUUCUGUUUGCCGUCUGUUCCUGAGCCCACCCACCUUCUGGCCCACCAAGCAGAACACCUGCAGACUAUUGCUGUGGCUACACGUCAAGAUGAAGAUGGAGACACAGCUCUCCACAUAGCGGUGGUGCAUGAGGAGAUGGCCAUCGUCUGCAAACUGAUCAAACUCCUGCAGUUGGCUCGCAGAGGCCUUGAUGUUUACAACAACCUCCGUCAGACUCCUCUUCAUCUGGCAGUGAUCACCCAGCAGGCGAACAUGGUGGAUGCUCUGGUGAGGGAGGGGGCCGACCCUUCUGCCUUGGACCGUAACGGCCAAACAGCACUCCACCUCUGCUGCGAAUAUGACCAGCGUGACUGUCUGUCUGUCGUGCUCUCUCACCCCUCAUCCUCCACAUGCCUAGAGUUGAGAAACUAUGAGGGUUUGAGCCCUCUCCAUCUGGCGGUGCUGCGUGGCCAUACACAUUUGGCCAAAAUGCUGCUGGAUGCAGGCGCUGACAUCAAUGCGAUGGACAACAAAAGUGGCCAGAGUCCUCUCAUGCAUGCUGUGGAGAGCAAUAACGCAGACAUGGUCCACUUCCUCAUUGAGAGUGGCUGUGAUGUCAACAGCCAGUCAUACAGUGGGAACACAGCCCUGCACAGCGCGUGUGGCAGAGGUCAGGUGGACACGGUGCGGCUGCUUCUGAAGAGCGGAGCUGACAGCAGCCUCAAGAACUACCACAACGACACCCCUGUGAUGGUGGCCAAGAACAAGAAAAUAACAGACGUGUUACGAGGGAGAGGCUCCAACCAAAUAAGAGUGCAAGAUCAACACUGCGUGUCCCUCUCAUCACAUGGGAGCAAUUUAACAGAAAAUGGGUCCCCAUCUUCCAACCACAGUUAUGGAUAUUCACCUGCAACAACACCACACACCCCUAAUCGCAGCACCUCCCAUUCACCAAAGACUCAAUCUACACUUGUGUUUCCAUUUUACUAGUGUAAGUUAUGUCCGGUGUACCUAGCGACUACCUCCACACAACUAACCUGAAAAAGAGACUUCACUGCCCUAAGCUACACAGAAGUCAGCAGAAGGAGACUUCAGGAGAUGUAGCCAAAGGGAUGACAGAGCAGCAAAUGACUGCAUCUGAAUUAUAACGUCCUAACACUCCAUGUUAAAGGACAGUCAAAGUUUGCACUGUUGGGGCUUGAUUCCUGGACAGGGUGCCUAUCUGCUCAUCCAGCUGCUGUUGUGUGCACCUCCCUAAUAACCAGGACAAAAGUGACUGAAAAGCUGGAUUUCUCCGAGUGAAGUUACUCCAUGCAGCAACAGAAAUGUGCAACUACAUGCAAUCAUGGCCUAACAUUGAAGACUGUUUUUAAAUGCAUGGAUAUUUGCAUAAAUCACGGACAUGGGGCUAAGCUUGGUGAACUCAAGGGUCAAUUUCAAAAGUAUUGUGGCCUUUUUUGUUGAGAUGACUGUUGAGAGAUGGCAAAAAAAAUGAAGGUCAACAAAUACAGGAACCAUCCAGUAUCCAGGCUGCUUACAAUGUAACUUGACUUGGUUAAUAUUGCACAUUUAUAGUCCUUUUUAACAAUGUGUGUCCACAGUACCUUUCAGAUGUUUGCGUGCCUGUGCAAGUGUUCUUUUAUCACUAUGAAAAGUUGUAUUUUUAUAUAAAAUGUGUUCAACAGAA